AUGGAUUUAGGGAAACAAACUCCAUCUUGGAAAAAAACUGGGGAAAUAGUUCAUAAAAUCAAGAUAGAAACCAAAAAUACUGAGCUACGAAAUGAACUUCAACAAUUUUCAAUUCAAAUGAUAAAAAAUUCUUUGAAAUUCACUCCUUGCGGAUUGUUUGAUCUCAGUUAUUAUUUUGUUCGAGAUAAGUUUGAAGAAAGAAAAUAUUUAGUUGCAUGA